UUGUCAGAAUUCAUGACAGUUCUCAAGUUUACGUUCGCUCCGUUGUAGGAUUCGCCGGGGAUACCAGUCAGCAGUAAAUAUGUCCUUAACCGUCGUUGGCAGUGAAAUUUUAAUUUCGCUAAACAAGAAAGUGAUAUUUCUGGACCCAGUUAAGCAUCAAAUAACGAAAUCGCUUACAAUCGAACCCGACAUCGUUCCUGAAAUAGAUUUGAAUCCAGUGGGUCCCGAAGCCAGUGAAAAUCCCAACCCGCCAAGUAACAAGGAACCUCUCAAAGGAAUUCAACACGUGCAGGCAUCUCCCAACGGGGAGUACCUAGCGAUCACAACGACCGGCAAUAAGCUCCUGCUCCUCUACAAAAUCCACGCCACCGAAUUGGGUUUGCUGUCGGCUCGUCGAAUUUCGCGAGCCUCAAGUGCCAUCACUUUUUCAAAUGACUCAAGUAAAGUCCUGCUCAGCGAUAAGACCGGCGAUUGCUACCUUUACGACUGCCUAGAUUAUAAGGCGCCCGGCAAGUGGCUGUUUGGACACUUGAGCAUGGUCUUGGACGUGCGAUUCACGCCAGCACAGGACGCGGUCUUAACUGCGGAUCGAGAUGAGAAAAUCCGCGUUACUAACUUCCCAGCCACGCAUGAAAUCGAAUGUUUUUGCCUCGGGCACACUGAGUACGUUUCGUCCAUAAAUUUGUUGCCUUCUCAACCCAAUAAGAUGGUUGUGUCGCUCUCAGGCGACAAGUCGAUGAGAAUCUGGGACUUUCGAGCAGGGAAGCAACUUCAUCAGGUGUCGAUCCCUGCCCCAGGGAUUAAGCUCGCUGUGCGGCAGGUAGAGGAAUCGGUUUCGCACGUCGCGGUCCUUGUAUACCAACCAGACGAGAGCAUUUUCAUUUACAAGUUGCAGCAGAGCACGGAGGGCUUCGAAUCGAGUCUUCGGUCCUCGCAUUCAUUCCCCGGACAAAUCGUGACUGACCUCGAGUUCCGUGACGAUGAUUUAUUCUUGACAACCUCCGUGGACGGGCGACUGCGAUUGCAACGGGUUAAGUGCGAAAGCGGGGAUUAUUCAACGCAGGACACAACGAAGCUGAACGAAGUAAUUGAUCAGGUGUUCGGGGAGGAGCAAAUCACUGAAAUGGAGGACGUUUCCGGUUGGUUUAAGAAGAAGUUCGACAACGUCUCCGAGUACUUGGAGCGGAAGAAGCGGCGCAUCGACGAGAAGCUCAAUAAGAACACUUCAGUUCGGUGUAACUAAGUUUAAUGUAGUUUUCGUAAGCAAAAAAACUGAUCAUGUAUAUAAAGAAUAAAUCGCAAGACACUCCCA